AAGAGUGUGUAUCCGUUUCAGCUCGCAGUGUUGUGUUUGCAAAGCAGCUCCAUUUACCACGACCUCUGGGACAUCAGUACAGGCUUAAURAUAGGAGGCGAGAGGGAUGAGGGAAAACCAAACAGCAGAAGAAGAAUGGGUGGAUGACGRGAAGUAAAAMUAAAACAGUGAUAAACACAGGUUAUGUGUUUGCAACCCGUCUUUGUUUGUCUGAGCUCCAACAUGGCCGACUUCACAACAGACGCACUGAAUUUACGCCAAGAGAGAAAAUCAAGUUGGUUGUUAACCAACAGCUUCUGCCCCGUUACAAUAAAUCAAACACAAUAAAUAACCCUAAACAAACUACAAAGCAACAGCUGAGCAGGUGACGACAGUUAAUGGUUAUAAAAUUGACCAGCUAAAAUUAACAUUAAUUAUAACUGUUAAAAAUGACAUGACUAAAUUACAAACAAAUCCCUGAAUAUAAAUGCCGUUUGUCUAAAAUGUGUUAAAAUAUAGCACUUUUAAAGAAAACACAGUGUUACAGACGGCAACAGAAAAGGGGGAGGAGCUGUCAGUUACUGGUUGCUAUGGUAACCACCAACCGUCAAGAGCAGCGCAGCACAACUUUUACACCAAUAAAUCAAAAUGUUUUAGGUGGAGAUUUUUUCAACAAAGUUUGUGGACAUCUGAAGCUGCUUGAGAAGGAAUACUUUGGACUGGAGUUCAGACACCACAGUGGCCAUUAUGUUUGGUUGGAACUGCUAAAACCUUUAGUCAAACAGAUUAAAUACACCAAUGACUUAUUCUUUAGGUUUAUAGUCAAGUUCUUCCCACCAGACCCUGGGCAACUAAAGAGAGGCCUUACCAGGUAUCUUUUUGCCUUACAGAUCAAGCAGGAUUUGUCCAACGGUAGUCUGACAUGUAAUGACAACAGCGCCGCCCUGCUGGUUUCACACAUACUACAAUCAGAAAUAGGGGAUUAUGAUGAGGAUCUGGAUUAYCAGCACCUGGAGAUGAAGCACUACGUCCCUAACCAGGAGUAUCUGGACCACAAAAUAAUCAAGCUUCACAAAAGACACAGAGGAGCCUCUCCUGCAGAGUCGGACGUCCAGCUGCUGGAGGUGGCSAGGAAGCUGGACAUGUACGGCAUCCGGCCGCACGCCGCCAACGACGGGGAGGGAAUGAGGAUCAACCUGGCCGUCACUCACUCCGGAGUGCUGGGCUGA